AUGGAGAUCCAGAGAAAGGGGAGAAUCUUCCUGUGGAAAGAAACCAAACGUAUACAGCCUGACAGAAAGGAACCCAAUAAAGUUGCUUGGCUUUGUCGUUCCAACUUCCAAGACACUUCUCCGCCCGCUCAAACCUUCUAUUUCCUGUUCAUCCUUCGCGCACACAGAACGCCGCGGUCUUUCUCAAUCUCAAUCUCUUGCUGUGCCGUCUCUGGUGAAACUACAAUGAAAAGCAAACGCCUUUCAACUUGGAAAGAUCGUAUUGAUGUGAAAGAUGAAGAGGAUGUUGCUGCUAAUCAAUUGGGAGGGGAAGUUAAGGUGGCAGAUCUGAUAUGGGUGAAGAUCAAUGGAGGCUCAUGGUGGCCUGCACAGGUUGUUGAUGACAAUACUGUGAAUGUUAACAACAAGCCAAGUAAAAGAUCAGCAAGGAAGGUUCUUGUUCGGCUCUAUGGAAGCUAUAAAUACUUGUAUGUGGACCCUCUGAAAUAUCAUUCUGAAUUUGACAUAAUACUCAAGCAGAACAAUGGUUGUUAUAGGGAAAUACUUAUAAAAGCUCUGGAGCAGGAUGUUUCUUGCUUAAAAUCCAGUAGAUCAAAGAAGCAAGGGUCCAAGUCUAAAGAAAGUGUAGCGGUUUAUUCUCCUACACGCAUGUCCAAUCGCAAUCAUGCAGGGGAAAAUCACCAAACGGAUUCGUCAAGCUUAACAAUGAAAAGCAAACGCCUUUCAACCGGGAAAGAUCGUAUUGAUGUGAAAGAUGAAGAGGAUGUUGCUGCUAAUCAAUUGGGAGGGGAAGUUAAGGUGGCAGAUCUGAUAUGGGUGAAGAUCAAUGGAGGCUCAUGGUGGCCUGCACAGGUUGUUGAUGACAAUACUGUGAAUGUGAACAACAAGCCAAGUAAAAGAUCAGCUGGGAAGGUUCUUGUUCGGCUCUAUGGAAGCUAUAAAUACUUGUAUGUGGACCCUCAGAAAUAUCAUUCUGAAUUUGACAUAAUACUCAAGCAGAACAAUGGUUGUUACAGGGAAAUACUUAUAAAAGCUCUGGAGCAGGAUGUUUCUUGCUUAAAAUCCAGUAGAUCAAAGAAGCAAGGGUCCAAGUCUAAAGAAUGUUUAUAUUAUGGAGCAGAAAGUGUAGCAGUUUAUUCUCCUACACGCGUGUCCAACAAUAAUCAUGCAAGGGAAAAUCACCAAACAGAUUCGUCAAGCUUAGUAAGGGUUUCUCCGAGAAGACAGCAAUAUGUCACUAUACCACAAAGUAAGCUGGAGCCAAAUAUGCCAAUUGCCAAAGAGGAAGAAGCAAAAAGAAAAUCCCCUAGGGAAGAUGGUUUGCAAAAGAAACUUAAACGAAAUGGCUCAAGUGAUCAGGCAGAAGUGAGUGUUCGGAGAUUAAGAGUGAUGCAACAUCUUGGCCUGAUUGCUCCUUCAGGAUCUCCAUUCCACAAAAAUGGACUCAUUGUCUGA